AAUCAAAUCGAAACUAUAAAGCAGUGUUUAUUACUGAGCAAUGGCCGGCGGGACUUGGCUGCGUGUUCUGAGAAGUCGGAAUGUAUCAACGCGGUCGAUUAUCCAGUGUCGUGCAUAUUGCGUUUUAGCACACGAGUUUUUGAGCGUCGAGGUUUAUCGAAAAAUCGUGACCUUUCUGCGCCAACAAGGCGAAAAAGGGUGCUGGCUUUAUCACAGUUUAAAUAGAACAUAAAGCGAGCGCGUCUUAUUAUUGCGGGAACCAGGACAGUAAGACGCCAGCUGGUUAUAAAUUCGAAUAUUUUUGUGACAGACGAAUAUUUUCUUUCACAGGUCGUUUCAAUUUAUAGCAUUAUAAAAUAUAUACUGUGGUAGAAAAAUGAAAAUAAUUUAUAUACCGUCGAUUUUAUUAGGAUAUCUACUGGUAGUGCAAGCCAACGAAGAUCAGCAACAUGCUUGCAACAUGCAGUCGAUAUCCACCCCUGCAUUGGAGUGGUCAUUCGAGCGCAACUUAACUUGUAGUGAAAGGCGGAUCCCGCUGGUUCCCGGCGGAUUAGACGGGUUGCCAGGAAAGCGGGUUGGAGAUAGAUGCACAUACACAUAUUCUUGCCCUAUGGACCCACCAGGACCACACCGGUCCACUACACUGACAUGUCAGCUUAACGGGGAAUGGGAAGGAACGAUGCCUGACUGCAGCGCCGACGACCGAAUGGUGAGUUACGUUCUUAAUCUUCUUAUGCGAACCUCCAACGAGACGACGGUAAGAAUGGCAGAAAGAGGUGAAAAAGAGAGUCGGCCCCUAAGUAGUUAUCCAGGGUCGGUUAAGAAGUCUAGCACAUCAAACAAAGUUCGAAACUAUUGCAAGAAACAGAAGAUAUGCGAACGUGCAAGCAGAAUUACGGACUGCUGGAAUACUCAGAAAAUAUCUGAUGUCCAACCACGUACUCGUCGUAGGAGACAAGCAAUGGUGGGGUUAUGUAUAUACUGCUAUAAAAGCUAUUGCACCAAGACGACGAUGGUUACAUUACUGUGAGGACCUUGAAGUUAACUUCGUGAUAGUUUUAUCCGAAUUAUGACAUCAUAACACGACGUAUUGUGUCGUCAUAUUCUCAACAACGCUUCUUGUUCCAGUUUAUUUUUUUCUUGCGUGAUGUCCGUAUGAAUGUACAUACAUACAGUAUAAAGGUUAUUUAAAUCAGUCUCAUUGUAAAGUGUGUGUGUACAUUAUUUGCACAGUGGAAUGAAUGGUCGUCUGCAUGGAUAAAGUUCGCAACCUCCAAUAAAAAAAAAACAAUUUCCGUGAAAA